GUCAGAUUUUCAUCUAACGGUCAGUAUUAAAACCAAACCAAUUUUUUUUAUCACCCGCUCCAAAGCCUCUCUCUCUCUCUCUAAACCAAAGAGAGAGAGCUUCUUCUUCUUUGAAUAUUCUCCGGUAUCGAAAAACUCGAAAAGAACGAGACUUUUCUCUCGGUUUCCUCACCCUUCGCGAUGCUCGGCACGGUGGUGCAGCGGCGGUUAAGAUUCGGUUAUCAUCAGUCUCUAGGAAGCUAUUAGCUUGUUGGAGAGAGAGAGAGAUCAUGAGCUACACGAAACUGAAGAGAACUCAAUCUUCGUUGCUCAGAUCGUCUCCGACGAUUCAUAGUCUUUCUUCAAUCUCAGAAUGUGACGUCAGCGACCUUGAAGCUGGUGAGAAGGAGGAGAAACAGAGUAGGAGAAAACAGAGUAAACCAUUCGGUUUAAUUAACCGAACCGGAUCAAACCGAAUUAAACCGGGUCUCGUCUUCACACUCUCAUCUUUCUUACUGUUCUUCUUCGUCUUCUCUCAAACCGGUACGUCGGAGAAUCUCCUCCUCUGUUUAGCCUUCGUCGCCGUCGCUCUGUUCUUAGCGUCGCGGAACAUGGCGGUUAUCAACCAAACCGUAACCGCAAUCAAACAAAAACACAAGCCGGAACCGGUUCAAUGGUACAUCGGCGAUUCAAAUCAAGAACCAAGCAAUGGAGAUGUCUACGAAGGAGAGUUUAACGGAGGAAGAAGAUGCAACGGAAGUGGAGUUUACUACUAUUACGUUAACGGACGUUACGAAGGAGAUUGGGUUAACGGAAGACACGACGGCUAUGGAAUCGAGUCUUGGUCUAAAGGAAGUAAGUUCAAAGGACAGUACAAGCAAGGACUUAGACAUGGUUACGGUGUUUACUGGUUUUACACCGGAGAUUCUUACUCCGGCGAAUGGUUCAACGGUCAAAGCCAUGGCUCAGGUGUUCAGACUUGUGCUGAUGGAAGCUCUUAUGUCGGAGAGUUUAAGUUCGGUGUCAAACAUGGACUUGGAUCUUACCAGUUCAGAAAUGGAGAUAGGUAUGCAGGAGAGUAUUAUGGAGACAAGAUCCAUGGUUUUGGUGUUUACCAUUUUGCUAAUGGUCAAUAUUACGAAGGAGCUUGGCAUGAAGGUCGCAAGCAAGGGUAUGGCACGUAUGGGUUUAGAACCGGAGGUGUAAAAUGCGGUGAAUGGGAUGAUGGUAAUCUCGUUAACCGGCAUCCUCUAGAAACCGGCCCGGUUUAUAAAGCGGUUCAGGUGGACUUUAGUUUUUGCCUUGGGAAAGUUACUUGUUGUUUUGAUUCAAAGAUACUUAACUGUUUAGCUUUGCAGAGUGCUAGAGAGAUGGCGAGAAAAGGAGUGAAUCAGAGACGGGUCGAUGAGCAGGUGAUGCGAGCUGUAGCUGCGGCUAACAAAGCUGCAACGGCCGCGAGAGUUGCUGCUGUGAAAGCCGUUCAAAAUCAGAUGGAUGGUAAAUUUUGUGAAAAAUUAAAAUGACAAAAGUAAAGAUGACAUUAACAAAAGUAGAGUUAUUGUUUUCAGUCUUUUAUUGUAGCCAUGGUAAGCUUGAAAUUAUGAGAAGCUUUUUACUAUGUAUAUAAGUCAUGUUUUGUUCUUUUCUUUUUGGUAUACUUUUAUGUGGAUGAUUGAUUGAUGAUGUUUUGAUAUGAUCUGAAUCACUGACAUAAAAUAAAAUCAAUAAUAUUUUACUAUGAA